AUGCUUCAACGGCUUCUGCUCUUCUUCUAUAUCAUCUGCCACGUGGCAGGUGUCUGUCGCGACACAGACACGUGCAUUGAGAGAAUCAAAGAAGUGGUUGCUGCUCCGAGACGAGUCAAAACCUACCACUCUGCGUAUCUCCGUAACCUGAACAUCUUCCCCAGAGUGACAUACAGAGCAUCUCCAGGCCAUUAUCGUGCCUGUGAACAUGAUUUCUUCUCGGGAAACACGUCAGCAGUUGAAGCAGAUCCCGAUAUGGAACCCGUGGAACCAUUCAGAAUUCGAAAACGUCCGGAAAUCUCGUGGAGUGAACUUCAAUUCGAUGAUCAAUACACAGUUGUGUUCACUGAUGUUGGCUAUGCGACACUCAAUUUUUUGGCUGUUGAUUUUCCCAAAGCAACGAAAUAUUUAAAGGAUUAUGAGCCUACUGAAAACUAUCGUCCAUCUCCAAAUCCAAUGGUAGUUUUGAUCUUCAGAAAAGGAAGAAUCGAAGUGGAAGCACCGAAAUCAGAAGAGGACUUUGAUUUGCCUCAAUUCAUGUUGAAACAUGAAUUGGAAGAUGAUCUUGUUGGGCUAUCCCUGAUUGUUGCUAGCAGUGAUCCAUUCGCAAUUGAGAAACAAAGAUUGAAGGGAAAAGUGGAUUACUGUCAUAGUCUUCUUCAGCAUAGAUUUUCUCUGAAUCCACCACGUCAUCAUACUAUUCUGAAUCGUCUUCCGAUCGAUGAGAUUGAUUCUUGGCUAUCUGUGUCUUUCGAUCAACAUGCGAUGAAUGCAAAUGUCUGUUGUCAGAGAAUUAUGUUACCAAAAACCUCUAUAUUCCUGGAUCCUCUUGCCGAUGUCUCCAUAUCAGCUCUCACCACUCUAACAUCUCCAUCAAUCAGUUCAAUGAGAAUCACGUCUUCUGAAUCCAACUAUAUCAAUUAUCACAGGCAAACCAGAAAUUUCGUUGAACUCUCCAACGAAAAGUUCACUUUGGCCAUAAUCGACGCUCAUCACGGCCACCUCCACUGGCUGGAAGUUGACAUUCCAGCUGCCAAUCUAAAUGCAGCCAACGGAAAUGGCCAAACGAAAGCCGACUAUGUCCCUUUGAUUCCAAAGAAGCCGUCCACGUGUCACUCGUAUCUUUUUGUUCUUCUCGCUCAGCCAUCAUCUAUGGUGACGUUGAAACCGUUCUGCGAAGGGAUGUGUGAGGACAGGAAGAAGUUUAGACUCGAACUCUUCAAACAACAACACGGUCUGCGUCUCUCUGCUCUGUCCACUGUCUCAUCUUGCUAUGAUCUUCCCUAUGCCUAUCAUAUCCUGAUGAAAGACGCCAGUCAGAACCGUACAAUGGACCAGCGACGUGGCAAAUACCAUCGUGCUUCUUCUCUCCACUCUCCAAUGUCAUCUGAAGUGUGUGCGGCUUUUCACGUGUCACCUCAUCACAAGUGCCCAAUUAGCUCCGCGGCAUCUAGCUCUGGAUGCUUUUUGGGGACCCUGGUUUUUAUUGUUGUUGCUCAUUUUUCGUAG